GUUUAGACUUCACGAUUUUUUUGGCAUAGACUUGCAGUUUAGCGGUUGUGGCUGGGCACUUUCUGCAGGGAGGGCUGUUGUUGAAGUUACUGGGUCACGUCGCAGCAGACCGAGACAAGCAACCAUGACUUCAACAAAUAUGUUUCAGGGACUUGAUAGUACUGGCAAACCGAGUUCAAGGGUACUAAGACCUCCAGGUGGAGGAUCAAGCAAUCUCUUCGGUGGUUAUGAAGAAGACACCACUGCCUCCAGACGGCCAAACAAAAUGUCCUCCUCUAUUUUUGCACCUCCGGAGGAGACCCAGGGGAGUCCCAAACGCACCAAUCCACCAGCGGAUAAUAAACUGGAAGUCUCACCCACAGACUUGUGCAUUGAGGGAAGAGGCGGAAAGAGCAGUGGGAUAUUUGGAGGACCAGAGGCUCCUUCGACUCAGAGCAAGCCAGUUACCGCUGGUGGAGCAUCCAGUAACAUCUUUGGGGGUCCAGAGUCAACCCCACCUUCUGUGAAAAGUCAACAUCCCAACAAACCAAAGGACAAUUUAAGUGUGGGUGUACCUGCUACUCCGGAUCCACCAGCCCCAGUGCCUAAACAGGAGACUGUAGUGGAGAAAGUGAAGACGGAGCCAGUGACUCCUCAACCAACACCUGAAAAAGAGCCAGCAGCCCCUGCACCAGCAGCCAAUCAGAAUUCUGAGCCAGCCACACAGCAACCAACAGAAAAGGACCACGAGCCACGCCUCGGACCCCGCCCUCGCUCUCACAACAAAGUGCUGAACCCACCAGGUGGAAAGUCCAGCGUGGUUUUCUAUUAGCCAUUGCAUCAUUGUCGCUUCCUUUCAUCCAUCUGCUUUUAUCCUGUACUAAACCUAUCCUUUCUCGUUAUUUUUUUUUCCCCCUUAAGUCUGUCACUCUUCAUUCCUUUUUGCUUCUGCACUUUGAUUCAUUCCUCAUUUUCCCUCUUCUUUUUCAUCUAAUUAGAAUCACUGUCGCUCAGAAAGCUGAAUGGUUAUGUUUCCUUUCUAAUGGUGUGCGUUGACGGUUGUUUCUCUAUAUAAUUGUUCUCUCAAUUUGCUAAUGUAUUAAAUACAAGUAUGCCUCAUGAAACUCAGCACAGUCUAUGCAGUGUUCAACUGGUACCACUGUUGGUCACCAAAGCAAGCUCUUCAGUAUCGGCAUAUUUAGAUCUUCCUUUGAAACCCAGUGAAUGUGCUCUGAUGGCAAUUUCUUUUGUGCAAUAAGGUGACUUCAUUUCUCAUUUUUUACUAUGUUUAUGCUUUUUUGACACAAAGCGAAUUGUAAAAGUAGUAGUUUAGAAGCCCAAACCAAAAUGCACAGUUUUUUGUAACUGAUGAUCGCCAAAGCACACACGUAUGACAAUGAAUCAGAUAUGUACAAUCAGCCAUCUUUAGCAUAUCACACUAUUAAAAUGUCCAUACAUGCAUUUGAAUGUAACCCGAGACCCUUAAACUCAGAGAAUCGUCUGAUAUGCCUGAUUCUGUACUUGAAAAGAGUUGCUGCUUCAUUGAUUGCGUCAAUACUUCUGUUGAAUUUGGCCGUUCCUCCCAUUAGCCGUCUGUUUUAUUCUUUACGUGGCAGGUGGAAGGUCAGAUAUGACAUGUCUGUGAGUGUGUGUGUGGGCAUUUCCCACAUUACUAGUGCCAUCCCUGCCCAAAAUACUUCAGUGGUUGCUUGGCAAUGUGACUGGUUGCGAUGAUGUCACAGAGGCCUGUUUCACACAAUACACCCCUGUAUUGUUCAUUUGUAUGCUGUUUUGUAUUGCUUAUUUUUUUUUUCCAUGACAAAAGGAUGUUUUACCAUGUUGCUUGAAAUAAACUAACAGAAAUCAUCAUCUGAAAAGGUA